AUGCGUUUCAUAUCCGAUGGUCUCGACGUUGAUCGAGCCGACAAUACCCCACUUCAGGUCCUUGCUGCGGGUCUACCCCGUUGCGCGACUAGCUCUCUGCAAGCUGCUCUUGAAUCUCAACACUUGAACUGCCAUCCGUGCAUGCACAUGGCACAUAUCGCACCUCAUGCCGACCGUGGUGACAUACUUCUGGAGGCAUUCCAAGAACCAAACCGAGAGCGACGCCACAAACUCCUGCACAGGAUCUUUGAUGGAUUCCGAGCUACUUCCGACUUCCCAGGCUGUACCGUCAUCGACGAUUUGAUGGAUAUGUACCCCGAUGCCAAAAUUGUGCUCAAUUUACGUCCAGGUGGGGGUGACAGCUGGGCAGAAUCCAUCAAGCUUCUCUCCUGGGCAAAGACACGGUCCUAUCAAGUGCUCACCUUCCUUUGGAAAACAGAUCGCAACAUGCAUGCGAUGUGGAUUUGGUAUAUAGAGUAUUGCCAGAAGAAAUUCGGGCUCGCAGAGCACGAGAUGUUUACAGCCAAGCACUAUGAGGCCCACAACGCGUGGGUUCGGGCCGAGGCGGCAAAGCGUGGGCGCGAAGUCCUGGAGCAUGAACCGAAGGAUGGAUGGGGACCGAUUUGCGCGCUUCUUGGAAAGGAGACGCCUCUGAACGAGCCUUAUCCCCACCGCAACGAUGCAGCUGAAAUCAAAAUGGUAGCCCGAGUAUUAUACGCUCGAGGGAUUGUCUCUUGGCUUGCGGUGAUCGGAGCGACAUAUGGAAUGGCGAGAUGGCUGGGGUUUGCCUAG